AAAUUAUUGUGGACAUGCUCAAACACGUUUAAAUAAAUAAAAACAUGAAUCUGAAUAAACAGCAAUUUUGGAGGGGCAUUUCCAUUUUAUUAAACAAUUAUCAUGCUAUCAAUCGUAAAUUAUUUGCUUGUUCCAUCAUCACUGCAGAAACAGUUACCAAGGGUUUGUCGCACCUAAAAUCAAACUUGAAUGAACCACAUGAAGAGCUUAUUAAGAAUAAUUUGGAGAAAUCCCUAUUAAUACCACAAUUGCUGGAAAUCACCAAAGCAGACAAUAUUGAAAACAUCGAAGGAUUUGUUGUGAAUUUUAAAUGCAUUCCGAAAAAAGGCGGCUGUAAUGUGAAAGCAUUAGGAAUAUUAGAUCUUUUAAAUUCUUCCUACAGAAUGACUUUUCAAAACGAUACCAUGUCAGAUUUUGAAAUUAAACUUAACGGCGAAUUAGUGGUUCAUAUGCUUAAUGAAGAUUCAAGGUUCGAUAUUGAUGCGAGUUUAAGAUGGUCGGAGUUUGUGCUGAAACCAAAGUUUUACAAAUGGUGCCGAAAUGAUGAUAAGCUGAAAUGUGAUAAAUCCAAUGACUGCUCAUCGUUGCGUUUGAUAGAUAUCGAAAAAUAUAAUCGUCUUUAUAAUGAGUUUAAACAAAAAUACAGUGAAAAUGCUAUGAAGUUAUGGAAUGAUGCUAAAGAAUCUACCGACCCAUUGAAGUUUAUAUACGAAGACUUAGCCAUAGCUGCAUAUUUAAUAACUCUAUGGCAAAGUGAUCUUGUAAACCAACCACCUGCAGCAUUUGCCGAUUUAGGUUGUGGUAAUGGACUCUUGGUAUACAUUCUUAUUCAAGAAGGUUACCAGGGUUACGGUUACGAUGUACGCUGUCGAAAACUUUGGUCACUGUAUCCAAUUCAAGUUACUUCACGUUUAUAUGAACAAGCAGUAGAACCAUUCAAAUUUAAUUUACCAACUGAAGUAGAUUGGCUUAUAGGAAAUCAUUCCGAUGAAUUGUCCCCCUGGUUACCAGUUCUAGCAGCGACUUGUCGUAAAAAUAUUAACUAUUUCCUAUUGCCCUGCUGUGCAUUUGAAUUUUCGGGCAAUAAAUUUCAACGGCGAAAUUCUUCUAUUUCAGGUUACAAAGAUUUUUGUGAUUAUGCUGAACACAUAUCAAAUGUUUGUGGUUUUAAAACCGAAAAAGAUCGUUUAAAAAUACCAAGUACUAAACGCAUUGCUUUAAUUGGCCUUUCCCGCAUGUAUACUGAAAACGAUUACUCGGCUAGAAUGGAACAUAUUAAAGAGUUUGUGAAACAUGAACAACAACAGCAUCCCAACUCGUCCUUAGAAGAAAUUAAACUGAGGGAAAAGGCAGAAGCAGUUAGAAAUUGUACACAAAUCGAAAAAUCUGUAAUUGAUAAGUUGGUUAAGGAAAUUUUCAUUUUAUUGUUAGGUGAAAGUUCUAAAGAUCCAUAUGUUAAACCUAAUGAUGACGAAUGGCAAACAGGAGGUCGUUUAACAAUGUCACAAAUAGCGAAGUGUUUAGAUAAGGAAAAUUUGAAACAAAUUAAAUCUGAAUGUGGUGGCUUGAAAACAUUACUACGCAAUAAACAUGAGAUUUUUCAAUUCCAACAACCAGACUUUGUUUUAUUACGUAAACCACAACUCCAGACUUACAAUACGAAUAAACCUCAAACGGUAAAGAAGAGAGCCUGUUUCUUUAAACUACACCAUCCGCAAGGUUGUCCUUUGACAGAUGAUGAAUGCACUUUUGUACAUUAAGCAGUGUUUUUAUUUUUUAAUCCAUUGACAAAAUGUUAUUCUUCAUUUUAUUACAAAUACAAAUUUUAAUUAAAAUUUAUUAAUAUUUAUUACAUGUUUAAA